UCUUCUUUAUUUAUACAUUCAGGUCUAUUCCGUGGUGUUUACCCUCAAAUCCCGCGCGGUGCGGUGGGUAGCAGUUCUCAGAUGGUGAGCUUCGCGUACGCUAAACAGUGGUUACGUGAUCACGACGUUUGCGCCAGCUCACCACUGCUGCUGUCAUUUUUUGGCGCAAAUCUCGGCGGGGUCGUGAUGACCUUUUGUUUGAACCCAUUCGACGUGAUGGCCACCAGGCUUUCCAAUCAACCUGUAGACAGUAACAAUAAAGGUACACUAUACCGUGGCAUGGCAGAUUGUUUUCUCAAGAUGUUGAGAUCAGAAGGCGCAGGGGCCUUCUACAAGGGAGUUGGUGCCAACUACUUGCGUUUAGGCCCUCACACUGUGUUACUGUUGGUGUGUUGGGACCAACUUAAAAUAUUAGAGGAAUUUCUAAAAAGUUGACAAACAUUUUUAAAAAUAUAAUGUAUGUUAAGUUUUUUAGAAA